UUCGGCGCUCAUUUCUUUUAUUUCUCACUUCAAGACAUGCUCCCUUUAAUCAAAUCCCUCAUCUCCUUCCCCGGAUUUUCUCUCUCAUCAAAACCCAAAACCCUGAAUCAAACCCUUCACAGCUUCUCUCUCCUCUCCUCCUCCUCCUCCUCCUCCUCAUCAUCAUCAUCAAACCCAACCAUUCCUCAAUCUCCCAUUGCUUCCCUCUUGCUCUCCAAUAAGCCUAUCGAAGCCUUUACGAUCCUUCACCAAUCAACCUCUCAACAGCCCACAAGAUACUACAACUCAACAAUUGCUGCUCUCGCUGCCAACAACCUCAUCGGUCCUGCACACAACCUGUUCGAUACAAUGCGCAUGAGAAAUAUCGAGUUUAACGAUGUGGGUUUUGGUUGUUUCAUCAGGGGGGUCUGUAGAUUUGAAGGACUGGACAAGAUUCUUUCUUUGGUUGAGAAAGUUAGAGAAAUGGGUUCUCCAGUUAAUGGGUCGGUGACCGCUGCCUUGAUUGUUGAUGGGUUUUGUCGAGCUGGCAAGAUCGAAGAAGCUUGGGCUGCGUUGGAGAAAUUGAGGAUGAUUGGGUGGAAACCUGAUUUUAUUUCGUAUAGGAUUGUGUCGGAAGGGUUUAGGUUGGUGAAUAGGGUGGAGGAGGCCGGGAGAAUAUUGAAGCAGAAGAGAAAGUUUGGGGUUGCACCAAGGAUUAAUGAUUACAGAGAGUUCAUUGUUUGGUUGAUAUCGGAAAGGAGAAUCUCUGAGGCACGGGAAUUGGGUGAGGCUAUUGUUUAUGGAGAUUUCCCAAUUGAUGAUGAUGUGCUCAAUUCUUUGAUUGGGUCCAUUUCUGAUGUUGAUCCAGGCUCUGCAGUGUUCCUAUUGAAGUAUUUGAUUAAGAAGGAUUGGUUCCCAAGUGUUGCAUUGUUGGGUCAUAUCAGUGCAAAGCUUUGUGAGAUUGGAAAUGGCGGUGAGGUUUGGGAUUUGUUUAAAACCCUUUUGGAUAAGGGCUAUUUUGUUGGAGUUGAACAAUAUAAUUUGAUGGUGUCACUUUUGUGUAGAGUAGGGAAGUUGAGAGAAGCUUAUGAUGUGUUUAAGGACAUGAGGAAGAAUGGUUUUGCUCCGGAUAUAUCAUCUUACAACUGCUUGAUGGAAGCUUGUUGCAGAGAGGACCUCCUCCGUCCAGCGAAGAAGUUGUGGGAUGAGAUGUUUGCAAAAGGGUGUUGUCCGAAUUUGAGGACUUAUAAUAUCCUCAUUGAGAAACUUUUGCAGGAGGAUGAAGUCAAAGAGGCUCAACGUCUCUUUCAUCAUAUGACUGGUAAGGGGAUACACCCAAAUGAUUUUACUUAUAAAUUGAUCAUUAGGGUGUUAUGCCAGGAAAAGAAAGUGGAAGAGGCAGUGGAUAUCUUUAAUAAGUCUGUGGAACAGGAUCUUGUACUUGCUAAAUCAACACUGAGCAUAUUGAUACUUGCUCUUUGUAAAGAAGCUAAUUACAUUGAAGCUUCUAAUGUUAUGCAUGGACUUCCUUCCAAUAUUGAAGACUCUGGUUCACAUGUUAUUUUGCUAAAAAGUUUAACAGAUGCUGGAGAAAUUGAGAUGGCUGUUGAGCACAUGAAAUGGAUUAAAGGGAACUUCUCUUCUAAGUUUCAGAUAGUGUUAACUGAGCUAAUUGCUUCUCUAUCUACUGCACCAAAGCUGGAGCCAGUCCUGCAGUUACUUCGGCUUAUGCAUGUGCAUGGCCUUAUUUCUAAUGACGAUCCUUGGAUGAAAAUGUUGGCAGGUGACUUAUUUUCGACUGAUUCCUGUCCUUGAGAUUUACAAUCAGUUGGUUAUUCCCUCUCUUGAGCAAACCUGAAAAAUUAGGCAGGAGGCAGCAACGUUGUUCUAGUUUACUGUGGCAACUCCUGUACAAGAUGCAACCAAGGAGAGUUGUGAAAAGGUACCUGAAUGCUGACAUCAGAUAAAUUUGCUCUCUACAAAGGAGCAAAAGCUGAUAAGAAGUGGUACCUCCUUGAUGAUCUUAAAGAACUAGUACAUGUUUGGCACCUGAAGAUAAGCUAUUUGCUAUUGCUGUUUGAGGGAUGAAGUUGGUGAUUGCACUGCCUCUAUAGAAAAUCAUAGAGUCAUCAUUGGCCAUCAAUCUGGGCUUACACUUUCUAACCGGUGAUCAAAACCUAAUAAAUAUGGCUUUAGGUAACUGAAUUGCAUAUUCAUCUCCAAUAUUUUUUUUCCUUCCUAGGUGUCCUUAUCUCUAAUAAACUAGGAUAUUCAGCUAUAGUUCUUUUUGAGUGGGCGAGUGCUUUCGGCUCACCAGUUGACUUGACUUAAGCAAGAGACAUGAGAAACGCAUGAAAGACUUGACUUAGGGGGAAUAGGGACACAAAGAGGUUGGUCAUCUAUGCUCCUUAUUCUGUUUUAAUUAAGCUUUUAAAUGUGGUUGUUGACUAGUUAUUUAUUAAUCCCUACCUGCUACAACUUUGGAAUAAAUCUGUAUUCAUUGGUUCCGAUCACACUUGGGAAAAAUUUUAGAAACCCAAUUUACUUGAAUAAGCUCCUCUCUUUAGGUCUUAUGAGGUCCUAAGUGGGACCCGCUCGGAAGAUGUCUUCUUGCCGGGCGAUCUUGAAGAUGCUAUCGGGAGUUAGGAUGGGAACAUGUAUGCAUGGCGUGAACAAAUUAGGAACUAUUUGAUCGCCACUGGGACAUGUUACACCAAUUGUAGCUAAUCAAUACAGUUGCAAUUACAGUUACAAAAAUAUCUCCAGUUACAAUUGAUGACCUGCACAGAUUUUGAUGUAAGUUGCGGUUACGACGUUUUAAGCAACGAAAAGAUUUAAAUUGCAAGUCCAGUUAUAACCAAGCAACAAGAGAAAUUAAAAAAACUUGGCAUCCCUAAAGAAACACCUGUGACAAGAAUUGUAUUUUUUUUUUCUUUCUUUUUUUAUAAAAAACUUUGGAGUCGCUUGUUACAAAAUUUUAUAAUUGAACUAAGCAACUGCCGCUACAAUUGCAUUUAACAGCAUUUGCUAGAACUAUAGAAAUUGUAGUCGGUAACUUGGACUUUCAUUGCAAUUAUAGUUGCAACAGACCAAACAACCCGAAGUUGCAUAGAAUUGCACAAGACUCUGUGUUUUAUUCUCUUCUUUGCUGAGAACCAAAUUCCACAGAAGGCAUGUUCAAAAUUAAAUCAAGCUGUAUUCAGCUAUACUGUAAGGCAUGUUCAAAAUUAAAUCAAGCUGUAUUCAGCUAUACUGCUAUACUUUGAGAGCUAAUACAUUAAGUUCCAGAGAAGUAAACGUUGUACAAUCAAACUAUAUUAGUUCUAAUUCUUAAUAAGAACUAUUGUUGAUACUCAUCUUUAAAUUCUUUUACCAAAUGCAUGGCGCUUGUAUUUCUUUGUAGGAACAGGUUUGUUGCAUAAAAUUGCUCUUGGAAAUACUGUGUUCUAACCUCAUUUCUCCUUAGAACAAUUUUAUUUCGAGCUUUAUUCAGAUAAACCGUGAGAGAUAAUGCAUUACGUUCCAGACUAAUUAUAUAGUUCUGCAGACGAACUAUAAUAACUGUAAUUCUGUAAUUCUUUUCUUAAAAGCUAUUAUUGCUAUAAUGUAAGUCUCAAUCUAUGAAUUCUUUAACUAAAUUCAUGGCACUCAUAACUCCUGAAAUUAAUUAUUAUGUGCAUAGAUGCAAUGACUUUUCUACCCAAGGAUGUCUGAUAUAUUCAUGCUUCAAAGUCCGAGCUGAGUCUGUGGUUUGUUCCUACUCAGAUGGUGACUUUGGAUGGCCCUUUUCUUUUAGGUCAGUAAAUGUGGAAGUACUUAUCUAUUGACUGAGAAAUGAGUCUUGUGUAGUUCUGGUGGGGAUUGUCUUGGAUUUUCUUGAUGACAAGAGGUCUGCCUAUUGACAGCGAGAAAGCUGUUCACGUUAGACAUUUCCUUAUACUUUCUUCAGUUAAAGUAGAAGGCUUAUGAUAAUACGAGAAGCUGACCAAGCUUGUCCCUAUUGUCUUGGGUCAAAGAAGGUUUUCCGAGCCAUCAUGUCCCAUUGGUUCUACUAUAAAAAUGUUAUAAAAGAUAGGAAUGGUCCUGAUUUUAGCAUAAGUUACUCAUAUAAUGAGUCAAGCAUCUUUGGCAUUUAUACCCUUCAGAAUUCUUUUCUGUAGCCACAGGGUUUGAAAUUUUGCGUUCGCAUGUGCUUUUUCUUCAGUACUGAAAGUUGCAUUUUAUAAGUGCAUGAAAAAACAAAAUUUCGGAGGGUGUCUAGGCAAAACAGAGUCGAUUGCGUUUAACAUAUUGUCUAAAAUGAAAAAGAUUGAUCGAUAAUGAUAAUGAUACGUAUCACCUUCAGAAAACAAAAUCCCUUCCCCUUCUUAGCCUUCUAUAUAUACUUAGAGCAAGUCUUUGUUCCAUCCACCAACUUGAAAAGCACUCAACACCGGCAAACAUUCAGGAAGAGAUGGCAACUGUCCCUAAGCUUCUCCUGUCUGUUCUCCUCCUCUUUUUCUUUCUCAAAGGUAUCACUUAAGACUCUUUCAUGUUUUUUUUUUCCUGAUUUUUUUCUCCCUUAGGGAUUAUAGAAAUUUCCCCUACAGUUUCCAUUAUCGGUGAAAAAUCUCCCUAAGAUUUUAAAAGUGACACUUUAUCUCCCUCAUUUUCAAUUCUAGUUAAAUAGUCAACAAUACUGAAUGUAAUAAUUGAUUUUCAAUAAGAUAAUCAUGUAUAUGUUUAUAUGGGAGGCGUAUAAUUGUCAUAACCUAUGAUAUUAACUUUCACAUGCAAGUUACUUCUGUAGAAAUUAAAAAGAGAGGGGGUGUCACUUUUAAAAACUUUGGGUUGUUUUUGUAAUUUACUAUAUUUCCUAUUCAUUUAUUGACAUCGUUUAGAAACUACAGUGAAAGGCCUGAGAUGUGACAUCUCAAGUAUCGAGAUUGGGAUCACAAACACUGGAACGAAGUUCAGAUACGACUCAGUGUUCGAGGUGGAGGUGAAGAACAAUUGCGGA